AAAUCACGAAAAGACGGACGAUGGUCUAAUGUCUAGUCGUUUUUAGUGCAGGUACUUCACAGGUGAUAUUGACUGUGAAAAAUGGAAAUAAUCGUUAACGAUAACAAAAUCUAAAAAGGAUAGUGGUGUAAAAUUGAAAUAAGUAAUUACAUAUAUAUAUAAAAACAAUUUAUUGAUCGAAAGCCUCAGUUACACGGACCAUUGGCUAUAAAUUACAGCUUGUCACAGAGCGGUGGACGGGUCUAUAACGUUAAUAAUAUUAUAGACCUGUUACAACUUACAUUACAUUAUACGGCUUAAGUUUACUUGUGUGAUGUGUCCCCCGGUUGUGUGCUUUUGAACGAAAUAAUUUUCACGUUAAAACUCGGUAAAAUAUUAUCGUAAACAGUAUAUUAUUAUAUUAGUGAAUUAAUUAUUAUUAUUUCAAACGUCUAAAAACCACCGAACGUGCACACGCUUAUCACGGGAACCGUUUGAAAACAAAACAGUACGACCGUUAAUCGUCUAAUAUCGCACUUCGCACGUUUGAACUUCGAAUAACGGCCAAGAGAGAAGUUUCAAGCACAGGGCCGACUUACGUACACAAGAAGUAAUGGCAUUAAACCACCAGAAACAUACUGACAAAUGGUGGGAGACUGAAUAUAGUUAUAAUAUACAUUCGUACCUUCAAUGUCGAGAAGUAAAAUGGAGAAUGAUCUAUGGAGCAAGAUCACCGCAGAUUCACAUGCGACCUAUAUUAUUAAAAACCAUAAAAAAUAUUUCCAAAAGAUGUGAAAUGUCAAAUGUCAGUAUUCAUUUAGCUGUUACCUUAUUAGAUUUCUUUAUGGAUCAUCACGAUUUAAAAUUUGACACUAUCAUGUUAGUAUCGUUUGCUUGUUUAACAUUAGCCGCAAAAAUUGAGGAGCACUGUUUAAGUAUACCAAAAUUGAAUAGCAUGCGCAAUGUCAUUAGUAAAGAUGUUACUAAUUUGCAUUUUCGAAAGGUGGAAAUGAAAAUUCUGAUGUUCUUCGACUAUAGUGUCACUGUGCCAACGGUUGCACAUUUUAUAGAAAUUUAUAAAGAAUAUUUUUACACCGACAGAGAUUUUUGCAAUCAUCCCGCAGCAGAUAUGAUAAAAGAAAAAUUUCAGACCAUGAUUCUUUUUUACCAGGAUUUAUCGUUAGAAAACACCAAAUUGAUUUCAUAUAAUCCUUCUAUGGUAGCGGCCAGCAUUGUUCUGACUACCAGACACACGCUUGAAAUGGUACCUUGUUGGACGGCAAAAUUACGUAGCAUAACGGGGUAUUUGAAAAAAGAUCUCGUAAAAUGUUGUUCACUUCUAGGAAGGAAUGUUAUGCAGCAUCGUAAAUAUAAUAUGUCUGUGGAUGAAGGAUAUCGUAGUUCUUCGCCUGGUUUCCAAUCACCUGUUCUUGUGACGACUAAAAAGAGGAGAAGUUAUACCGAUACUACGGAUGUUGUUUCGGCAAAACGAAUGGCGCUUUAAUAGUAUUUAGACUGAUUUGAGUUUCUCAAAAAAAUAUUUCUUGAUCUUCCAUCUUGUGUACUCAAGCCUAUUUUUUCAAAUCCUAAUUUUUUUUUUUACAUAAAAUUAUUUUCUUAUUAAAAAAAUAUAUUGUGUGAUAUUUAUUUCUUAAUAGCUCAAUUGUUGAGACUGAUUCUUU